AUGCAGGGCCCUUUUGAAGAUAAGGAAGCUCUAGCUGACAUCUUUACUUAAGUAAAAGAUGUAGAUGAACAACUAUUUGGUGUCAUAUUAGAAAUAUUAAGAAAGGAGAAAGUUAAAGAUUGCAUUGGAUUUUUGUCAGAUAAUGGGAAUCAGAAACAAUUAGAAUCUUAAAUGUUAAAACAAGGGAAUUUCACCUAAGCUGAUACAGAAUAGAAAUUGUCUGUAGUUAGAAAAGACAUGAUAUAAAUUACAGAUGUCUUAAAAAAAUUAAAAGAUCAUGACUUCAAUAACAAAGACUUUUCAACUGAAGAAAAUUAUGAAUCUACCCUAGAUCUAAUUAAAAUAAUAAAGGAUGAGAGAUAGGCCAUAAAAUUCCUGAUAUUUUUAGUUCACCUCACAGCAAUAGAUGAGCGAUUCAUCCGAUGUGGAUCAAAUUCACUAUACUUAUUAGUUGAAAUGAAGGCAGAUUUGACAAAAAAGAAUUUUGAAAAUAUAAAGAUUUCAAACACUUAGUUGAUUGGAGCUAAUUUUGUAAGAUGUAAUUUGAAUGGAUCUCAUUUUGAAAAUGUAGAUAUAAGUGGAAUGAACUUAAGUGGUGCCUAAUUGUUUUAUUGCAAAUGGAAAAAUAUUAAAAUUAAUGAAUUAAAUAUUUUUGAUUGUCAGGAGGGAAGUGUCAAAUCUAUAUGUUUUUCUCCUGAUUGCAGUACAAUAGCAUUAUGUUGUAAGGACAAGUCUAUCCUUUUAUAGGAUAUAAAAACAGGAAAAGAAAAAUUUAAGUUUGAUAAUCAUAGUGAUUGGGUAUUUUCGGCAUGUUUCUCUCCUGAUGGCACAACAUUAGCCUCUUGUAGUAAGGAUAAGUCUAUUUUGUUGUGGGAUCUUAAGGCUGGAUAACAAAUAUUGAAAUUUGAUGGUCAUAAUGAUUGGGUUUAUUCUGUUUGUUUCUCUCCUGAUGGCACAAUAUUAGCCUCUUGUAGUAAGGAUAAGUCUAUCAUCUUAUGGGAUGUCAAGACAAGGUAAGAAAAAUUUCAUCUAAAUGGACAUAGAAAUGAUGUAAAUUCUGUAUGCUUCUCUCCUGAUGGGACAACAAUAGCAUCCAGUAGUAGGGACAAGUCUAUUCUUUUAUGGGAUGUUCAAACAGGAUAAUAAAAAGCUAAAUUGGAUUGCCAUAGUGAUUAUGUUAGAUCAGUCUGUUUCUCUCCAGACAGUACUACAUUAGCGUCUUGUAGUAAGGAUAAGUAUAUUAGAGUAUGGGAUGUUAAAACAAGACAAGAAAAAUCUCAAUUAUUUUGGCACAGAAAAAAUAUAUCUUCAGUCUGCUUUUCUUCUGAUGCUAUUUUAUUAUCAUAUAGUUGUAAAGAUGAGUCUAUUCAUAUGUGGGAUGUGAAGGCAGGUUAAUAGCAAUCUAAAUAAUUUGAAGGCCAUAACAAUGAUAUUUAUUGUGUAUGCUUUUCUCCUGACGGAAGAAUAUUGGCAUCUAGUGGUAGGGAUAGAUUAAUUUGGCUGUGGGAUGUUAUAACAGGAAAAUUAAAAAUGAAAUUAGAAGGACAUAAAGAUUGCAUACGUACAGUUUCAUUUUCUCCAAAUGGAGAUGAAAUAGCAUCAGGCAGUAAUGAUAACCUAAUCAUAUUAUGGGAUUCUAAAACAGGAUAACUAAUUAGGAAAUUAGAAGGUCACAAUGGAAUUGUCUUGUCAAUAUGCUUUUCUCCUUCAGGUUCUAUAUUAGCAUCUGGUAGUCGAGACAACUCUAUUUAUUUAUGGAAUACAUAGACAGGUUAACAAUAAUCAUAACUAUAUUUUAAUGAAGGUUAUGUUCAAUCAUUAUGCUUUUCUCCUGAUGGUACUACAUUAUCAUCUGGUAGUUCAGAUAGUUUUUUAUGUGUAUGGACUGUGAAAACAGGAAAAGAAAUAGUUAAAAAAGAUUGUUAAAUUGGAAUUAUUUUUUCUGUAUAAUUUUCACCAGAUGGCACUACUUUAGGAUCUGGUAGCGAAGAUAAUUCUGUUCGCUUAUGGAAUUCUAAGACAGGGGAACAAAAAUUAAAAUUGUUUGGACAUAGCAGUUAUGUUAGAACAGUUUCAUUCUCCCCUGAUGGUACAACUUUGGCAUCUGGUAGUGAUGAUUAUUCUAUUCGUAUAUGGAAUAUAAAAACAGGUUAAGAAAAAUCUAAAUUAGAUGGUCAUCAUGACUGCGUAUUAUCAGUAUGUUUCUCGCAAGAUGGAAAAAAACUUGCUUCUAGUGGAAUUGAUGUAUCUAUCUUUAUCUGGGAUGUAUAAGAAAAAUUCACCUUGGAUAGUCUGUAAGAUUAUAUGUCUUUAUCAUGCAUUUCACCAGAUGGAAAUACAUUAGCUUCUGGUAGUUAUGAUAAGUCUAUCCGUCUGUUGGAUGUUACAACAGGAUAAUAAAAAGCCAAAUUGGAUGGUCAUACUAGUGCCAUCAUGUCACUAGGUUUCUCACCUGAUGGAAACACAUUAGCUUCUGGUAGUUAUGAUAAGUCUAUCCGUCUAUGGGAUGUUACAAUAGGAUAAUAAAAAGCCAAAUUGGAUGGUCAUGCUGGUCCUGUCUACUUAGUCUGUUUCUCUACUGAUGAAAUUACACUAGCUACUUGCAGUCAAGACAAUUCUCUCCGUUUAUGGGAUAUAAAAAUGGGAUAUUAAAAGGCCAUUUUAAAUGGUCAUACUUAGCCUGUCUACUCUAUUUCUUUCUCUUCUGAUGGAACUAAAUUAGUAGGUUGUAGUAGUGAUAAGUCUAUCCGUCUAUGGGAUGUCAAAACAGGAUAAUAAAAAGCCAAAUUAGAUGGUCAUGAUGAAGCUGUAAUAUCAGUCUGUUUUUCUCCUGAUGGAAAUACAUUAGCUUCUGGUAGUUAUGAUAACUCUAUCCGUCUAUGGGAUGUCAAAACAGGAUAAUAAAAAGCCAAAUUAGAUGGUCAUACUAGUACUGUCUACUCAGUCUGUUUCUCUCCUGAUGGAAAUACAUUAGCUUCUGGUAGUAAUGAUAAGUCUAUCCGUCUAUGGGAUGUCAAAACAGGAUAAUAAAAAGCCAAAUUAGAUGGUCAUACUAGUACUGUCUACUCAGUCUGUUUCUCUCCUGAUGGAAAUACAUUAGCUUCUGGUAGUAAUGAUAAGUCUAUCCGUCUAUGGGAUGUCAAAACAGGAUAAUAAAAAGCCAAAUUAGAUGGUCAUACUAGUACUGUCUACUCAGUCUGUUUCUCUCCUGAUGGAAAUACAUUAGCUUCUGGUAGUAAUGAUAAGUCUAUCCGUCUAUGGGAUGUCAAAACAGGAUAAUAAAAAGCCAAAUUAGAUGGUCAUACUAGUACUGUCUACUCAGUCUGUUUCUCUCCUGAUGGAAAUACAUUAGCUUCUGGUAGUAAUGAUAAGUCUAUCCGUCUAUGGGAUGUCAAAACAGGAUAAUAAAAAGCCAAAUUAGAUGGUCAUACUAGUACUGUCUACUCAGUCUGUUUCUCUCCUGAUGGAAAUACAUUAGCUUCUGGUAGUAAUGAUAAGUCUAUCCGUCUAUGGGAUGUCAAAACAGGAUAAUAAAAAGCCAAAUUAGAUGGUCAUACUAGUACUGUCUACUCAGUCUGUUUCUCUCCUGAUGGAAAUACAUUAGCUUCUGGUAGUAAUGAUAAGUCUAUCCGUCUAUGGGAUGUCAAAACAGGAUAAUAAAAAGCCAAAUUAGAUGGUCAUACUAGUACUGUCUACUCAGUCUGUUUCUCUCCUGAUGGAAAUACAUUAGCUUCUGGUAGUAAUGAUAAGUCUAUCCGUCUAUGGGAUGUCAAAACAGGAUAAUAAAAAGCCAAAUUAGAUGGUCAUACUAGUACUGUCUACUCAGUCUGUUUCUCUCCUGAUGGAAAUACAUUAGCUUCUGGUAGUAAUGAUAAGUCUAUCCGUCUAUGGGAUGUCAAAACAGGAUAAUAAAAAGCCAAAUUAGAUGGUCAUACUAGUACUGUCUACUCAGUCUGUUUCUCUCCUGAUGGAAAUACAUUAGCUUCUGGUAGUAAUGAUAAGUCUAUCCGUCUAUGGGAUGUCAAAACAGGAUAAUAAAAAGCCAAAUUAGAUGGUCAUACUAGUACUGUCUACUCAGUCUGUUUCUCUCCUGAUGGAAAUACAUUAGCUUCUGGUAGUAAUGAUAAGUCUAUCCGUCUAUGGGAUGUCAAAACAGGAUAAUAAAAAGCCAAAUUAGAUGGUCAUACUAGUACUGUCUACUCAGUCUGUUUCUCUCCUGAUGGAAAUACAUUAGCUUCUGGUAGUAAUGAUAAGUCUAUCCGUCUAUGGGAUGUCAAAACAGGAUAAUAAAAAGCCAAAUUAGAUGGUCAUACUAGUACUGUCUACUCAGUCUGUUUCUCUCCUGAUGGAAAUACAUUAGCUUCUGGUAGUGAUGAUAAGUCUAUCCGUCUAUGGGAUGUCAAAACAGGAUAAUAAAAAGCCAAAUUAGAUGGUCAUACUAGUACUGUCUACUCAGUCUGUUUCUCUCCUGAUGGAAAUACAUUAGCUUCUGGUAGUAGUGAUUAGUCUAUCCGUCUAUGGGAUGUCAAAACAGGAGGAGAAGAAAUUUAAUCCUCGGAUAACAGAUAUAAAGAGAUUUUAGAAAAUUGCAAGAUCUCUUUGUUAUAAAAUAAUUCUUUUAUAUGUAUUUAAUAUUUAUACUAUUUAGUUACAUCUAAUAUUACUAUUCUUCGAAUAUCCCAAACACCAAUAUUUUAAACAUAAAGAGCUUUUGUCCUUUAGGGAGAGUUUAUUAAUUAGUAAGGCUUUAAUUUAAGACCAUUAUUAUAAUAAAGAGGAAGUUGCAUUUUGGAAAGCUGUAUGCAAAAAUGACAUAUAAUUAUUUUUUAUAAUGACC